GUAAUUGAGGAGGUGAUUGGCGUCAUUGACAACAGUAUGUCAAGUUCAUAAAAUAUCGGAAAGAAUUACGAACGGUUUCGAAGACUUCAUUUGACACAAGGAAUUCAUUCAUUUGAAAUUUGAGCGAGAGUAAGGAUUCAGCUUUAAAUAUUCACGACCAUGACGCAGUUUACAGACUUUGGUCCUGGCAGCAGUUUGAUUAUUUUAGCAUUUUUGACCGGUUUGUCCAGUCUGAUUUGUUUUAUUUACGUAACACUGACCCCGUGUUGGUAUGUUCUAUACGCCGAAGCUUCAAUAUCUCCAUAUGAAAAUUGUUAUGGAUUGUGGACGUUUUGUAGUUCAACCGGACUUUGUGGAAAAUGGCUUUCGGGUUCGCUUCUUGGACCCCACGGCGCUCAGAGAAAUGUAUGCAGAGGACUGAUGAUUGGAUCUUGUUUGUUGAGUGGUGCGGCAUUGUUCUUGCAUUGCUUGGCAAUGAAGUGCGUUUUGCUGAUGAAUCUGGAUGUAGAAAAAAAGGCUAAAUUUGCCAGAAUUUCUGCUACACUCUGGCUUCUAUCAGGCACAUGCUGCCUUGCCGCAGUGACUUGGUAUGCAAUCGAUGUGUUGAAUGCUGUAUGGAAAAACGAAAUGCAAUCAGAAUUUUCCGUCGGGAUUUUCACCGGUUGGGGAGCCUCAGUGAUGGCGUACAUUACUACCGCACUUUUGUUCGCAGGCUCAUCGAUGGAAAAACGUGAUGUGGCUAUUGUAGAAUUCAACAACAGUGCAGAUCGACAAAACACGAAUUCCGGCAAUUCAGGCAGAAAUGAAUUCAGUGGCACUAGAAAUUCGACAAGACCUGCUGACAGUGAUGAAUUUGUGACUGAAGUGUCUUUUAUUGACAGAAAUUUUCAUACAAUGCCUGAUAGAAGAGUUACUUAUAUGUAAAAAUAUCCAUACGUCCUCACUGAUCAUGCUUCUAUAUUUUGUAUUGGUUCCUUGGCUAUUUUAAUAUCUCGUAUAUUCUCUUAUAUUUGUUCAUUGAAAACAUUUUCAGUCUGUUUCAGUAUAUUUGAAUGAAUGUUUGUUGACAUAUUACUCGCUCAGUAUUGGUGCAGUAUUUUAAUGAUAUAACUCAAGCAGAGAUAAAACCAUCAUUUAAUGCAUUAAAAGCGUGCUAUAAAUGGC